UUCCCACUACUCUAUCGCAAGAGCCUUUCGGAAGCACCUGCAUCAACGCGCAAAGGAAGGAGCCCGUUGUUUUCUACCGCGGACAUAUGAACUCAGGACAUUACGCUUUGGAUUAAGGCUGCCCGUAGCCAUGCAACGGCACCUCACAUCAAAGAUUCUGUGGGGAAGAAGAUGCUGCUUUGAAACUGGAGCAUUGUUAACCAUGAUGUAGAGGUUCCUUCCGGCUAAAUCGGGUUGGAUUAUGUAUCCCGCGAUAGGCUUGCUGGCGAGUUUACGUUGCACUGUGAUUUGAACCUCAGUUUUCCUAAGGUGAUCCAUGCCUCUGUGUUUUUGCCUUUGUCAACAUGUCCCCAGCAUCGGCUGCCACGGCCAGUGAGAGCAGCACCACUACCGUUCCAGAGGAGGACACAGAGGAAAGCCCCCGCGAGGAGCAGCGGCCCCUGAAGCAGUCGCUCAGUAAAUCCCUGUGCAGGGAGAGCCACUGGAAAUGCCUGAUCCUGUCCCUGCUCAUGUAUGGCUGCGUGGGGGCCAUGACCUGGUGCCACGUGACCAAGGUGACGCGCCUCUCUUUCGACAGUGCCUACAAGGUCAAGUCCAUGAUGUACCACGAAAGCCCCUGCUCCAAUGGUUACAUCUACAUCCCUGUGGCCUUCAUGGUCAUGCUCUACGUGGUCUACCUGGUGGAGUGCUGGCACUGCCACACCCACAACCAGCUACAGCACAAGGUGAACGUGGAGAGUGUGGGAGAGCGUGUCGGGCGCAUGCAGCAGGCCACGCCCUGCAUCUGGUGGAAGGCCAUCAGCUACCACUAUGUGCGGCGGACGCGACAGGUAACACGCUACCGUAACGGAGACGCAUACACCACCACGCAGGUGUACCACGAGCGCGUCAACACGCAUGUGGCCGAGGCGGAGUUCGACUACAGCAACUGUGGUGUGAAGGACAUAUCCAAGCAGCUGCAGGGCCUAGACUGCUUCCCUGUCACGAAGCUGAGGUUCACCAAGUGCUUUAGCUUCGCCAACGUGGAGUCGGAGAACGCCUACCUGACUCAGCGGGCCCGCUUCUUCACUGAGAAUGAGGGCCUGGACGACUACAUGGAGGCCCGCGAGGGAAUGCACCUGAAGAAUGUAGACUUUAAGGAGUACAUGAUUGCCUUCUCGGAUCCGGACCACCUGCCCUGGUACGUGUCCAACUACGUGUUCUGGACAGCCGCCGCCUUCACCUUCUCCUGGCCGCUGCGCGUGCUAACCGAGUACCGCACGGCCUACGUCCAUUACCACGUGGAGAAGUUGUUCGGCUUCGAUUAUGUCCCUGUCACACCAUCUGAGGAGCGACCAUACUGCCGCCACAUCCCUCGGGUCAACACCAUCGACAGCACCGAGUUGGAGUGGCACAUCCGCUCCAACCAGCAGCUGGUUCCCAGCUAUUCAGAGGCUGUACUCAUGGACCUGGCUCAGCUCUCGUCAGGUGGCGGCGGCAAUGCCAACACCUACUCAGUGUGCGGCGGCUACGGCAGCUACCGGCAGAACUGCGAGCGCUGCCACCGCACCAUCAGCAGCUCGUCCAUCUUCUCGCGCAGCGCCCUGAGCAUCUGCACUGGGACUAGCCCGCGCAUCCCCUUCAGCGGCAGCCGCUUCUCGCUGUCGCGGCUGUACGGAUCACGGCGCAGCUGCCUGUGGCGGAGCAGCGGCAGCCUCAACGAGACAUCGUGCCCCACAGAGAGCACGCGCUGCCUGACACCAUCGGGCCAGCUGACUAGUGAGGAGAAUCCGCCGGACUACCAGGACGCGCUCUACUUCCCUGUGCUCAUCGUGCACCGCAACGAGGGCUGCCUGAACCACUCGCUGCACAGGAAUGGAUCCUGCGUGGAGACCUCUAUAUGACGCAGCACUGGGCCUCCCAGUCCAGACCUGAACAAGGAAUGUAAUGUUACUGUCCUUUCUCUGGGAGGACACUGACUGGAUAAUGAACCUUCCUUUUGGAUCUUUUUUUCCUCUCCAUUAGACCACAGAACACAUGACACACCAGUGGCAUUCCGGAACCCUUCCAGACCUCUUCCAACACUGUUUAUCAAAGACAGUACUGAGUUAAAUGCACAUUGAAUGCUCACUCCACCUUUUCCAUAACUUCCUUUGCAGCCCAGCUCAUCUCACAUGAGAUGCCCUCCAGUGAUAUGUUCAUCAUAGUAAGUAAUAGACUAUGUAACUAUCUCAAAGCAUGUAUGAAAAAAACACAUUCAUAGGCAAAAUCAGAGUCUGCGACAAAUGGACAUAAUGAUCUGAGAAUGAUAUUUGGGAGGACAUAUGUUGCGCGGAAUGCACACCACCACCAUUCUGGACCAAUCACAAUGCUCUGUUCAUAUCAGUUUGUGUUUCCUUAACCAAAGUGUCAUGUUAGCUUCCACAAUCUAUAAAUAGAUAACAUGAAAAAGCAAAGUAUACUAACAAACAUUUAGCCAGAGAAUAAACUCCACCUUAAAUCAUAGUGCAUUUUGCUGUUGUCAUAACCAGGUAGCAAAGAACUGCAAUUGGAACAUCUGUUUUCAAAGUUGGAUAAAAUGUGUUAUUUUGUAAGAGUCUUAGAAGGGAUGCCUUGUGACUGAAAAUCCCCAACACAGCUCAAGACAGCUCAAUGGUAGAGGCCUCCAACACAGCUCGACUAGAGGCCUUCAUUGGAGAUGACUCAUAAGUGGGGCAUGAGUUUAAGGAACAUAAACAUGAUUUAUUCAAGCCUUAGAGAGCAAUUUGGAGAUGGGAAGGAAAACCAUGACGCCACAUUAAAUAAUUGAGAAAGAAAAGAAAAGUUUAAAACAUCUGACUUAUUUUUCUAGUAAAUGCAUUACUGGAUAUUUUAAAUUAUGUUGCAGAUAUCAAAGUAAAUUCAUACAGUCCAUAAUUUGUUUCCCCUCUAGCUCAUAGUUCUCAAUGAAAAGCCUUAGACGCAGAUCUACAUUUUGUAUUAAAACAUUACAAUUUGAAACACAUUUGGGGAUAUGUGAUGGUGUAGUUGUUUGUUUUGAGGCCAACAAGAGAUCUUUUUACGGAAUUAAUGUUCUUUCAAGAUAAUGAUGAUGAGAGAUACAGCAGUUACAACAUCCAGUUAAUUAGCAACGGGAAUCAAAUACCACAGGAUGCAAUAACAUUCCCACUUCCUGACCCUCUAAAUAUAGUAACAUAGUCAGAUCCAUGAAUAAUUUAGAUCAGGAGGACUAAAUGGUACAAAUACUUCAAACUGAAUCCAUGAGAGAAGUCUUUCAUCGCAUCAUUUUCCUUACUGUCAAAAUUACUCUUCACUACAUGUUAAUGCAUUUCUGAUUGACUUAAUACAUACAACAUCAAUGUGAUUAUAUCAUGUCAGCUCAGCUGUCAAUAAUAACCUCAGCAUUGCAUAUCUCCUAUUUCCAAUUCAUAUUUGAACACAAAAUUAUUAUUAAUUACUAUAUGAACAAUAAUUUCCUUCAAACUACCUCUUCUUUGUUUUCGUGAUUUAAGUGCCUGACUGUGGGUGCUUUAAAGUUUGGUUUAAAACCACACCUAAACCACAUAGCACACCUACCAAUUCAUCCAAAACCACACCUAAACAUACUGUAGAUCACCUACCCAUUCAUCCAAAACCACACCUAAACAACAUACUGUAGCUCAUCUACCCAUUCAUCCAAAACCACACCUAAACAACAUACUGUAGCUCACCUACCCAUUCAUCCAUCCAUCCAUCCAUCCAUCCAUUCAUCCAACCAGAAAUACAAAGGCAGCAACAGAGCAACUCAACUUUCACUGCAUCUCUUCUAAGUAGCAAUAUCCUGAUGAGACAGGACAUUCAAUUGAGGCUGGCACCAAUGAUCAGGCCCUGAAAACUCCAAGAUGUGCUUUGUCUAUUGUCAGAAAAAGUAGGUUUAAAAGCAAGACCAAGUGCUGAUUCUGAUGAUGCCUAUCAGAAACAGCCAUCACAGAGACCCAAAAUAGACUGAGGGCUGUGUUCAAACACUGAUAAUGUCAGCUUUAGUAAUAAACCAGGAGGAUUUUUGAAGAUAUGACAAUAAACAUGAUCACAACUGAACAAAUGUUCUAUGUACUAAAGGCUUAUUUCCACUAGCAAAGUCUCAAAGCAAGGCAAGGUAAAUAAUAUUUAAAAAUAAGUUCAAUAAAUAAAUGUGUAGAAUUCACACCUAGGACCAAUCACUUAUAAAGUACACAGAAAGGGUGCCCAACUCAUGGGGCAUCAGCCUAGUGGUUAGAGCGUUGGACUAGUAACCGGAAGGUUGCAAGUUCAAACCCCCGAGCUGACAAGGUCCAAAUCUGUCGUUCUGCCCCUGAACAGGCAGUUAACCCACAGUUCCUAGACCGUCAUUGAAAAUAAGAAUUUGUUCUUAACUGACUUGCCUAGUUAAAUAAAAAAUAAAAUAAAAAUGAAGUGAAAAAUCCAACCCACUUCUCCCAGUCCACUGAAAUAUACGCACACAUUUUGUAAAUAACUCUUUAAAUGGGUUUGAAGGUAGCGGCCAAAGGGCUUUGUUGCUGUGAUCAAACUAAAGCUAACCCUAGGAGCUGGAGUCAAUAUGGCCCGGGAUAAGAGCUAAGCUGACAGCUAGCCAGUCACUUCUGGCCAAGAGGUCUCUGCUAUUUAACAGAAAACAACUCUGAUGAAUUCAGGGUGACGGCAGAGCUCAGUAAUCUAUGCCCAGGACUCAUACUUACAAUUCACACAUUGUUAUUAGAUCUAUAUACACAAAGGAUAGAUAGGCCUUUCUCCAUUUUAUGCAUCCUACUGACCUCAGAUUCUCACAGCCAUUCCCGUUCUUAUCUCAGAAAUGACUAGCAUUAUUGACUGAUGUGGAUAUGUGAUUGAAUUGACUGUAAACAUUGGAUUGACCACUUAAUAAUCCAAUGCUGUCAAAGAAACUCAUUCUGCUCAUUCUGACAAAACAUACACCUAUUUUGUGAAAUCCGCUGAUCAUCCCACAAACAAAAAUUGCAUUAACAAUAUACUGGUAGAUCUCUAGCAGAGAGUGUAAUAGCAUUUCUUUCUCUUGAUGUGUUUCUUCCUUGCACCCUACUACCUUUAUAACGUCACUUGCCACUGGCCAUUUUAGGGAACUAGAUGCGAAGCAAUUAAAGGAAGUUGUUCAACCUCUAUCCCAUUUUCUCGACAAUAAACCAAAAAACACUUUAGCUAUACAAUAAAGCAGCAAACAAAAAUACACACCAUUCAUAACCACAAGACACUAAGUCCUGUCAUGGUUAGUUGUGGCUCACCUCAUCUAAAGCGCAUCUAUGCAACCCCCAUAACCAACUCAGGAGUGUAGUCAGGAUAUCCACCUUACAUUUGUCAUAAAUUCUACCCCUUAACUUUUUCUUAUUAUCCCUGUCAGCUGACUUGACAGUGCUGUUUGAUUUGUUUUCCAGAUAGGAGGCUAUGAGGAUGCACUUAAGUGCCCAUAUUCACAGUCUCAGAGUAGGAGUGCUGAUAUAGAAUCAUUUUUGAGAUCAUCUUUCAGAUCAUAAUUAAAAAGGGGAGACCUGAUCCUAGAUCAACACUCCUAGGUAUCGGUCUGCUCUGCAGUUCCUUCAAGUGUCAGAGGCUUUGACCGUGUGUAUCAGCUGAAACUAAUGGCGUCCUUUAUGGGGUUUUAAUCACGGCAUGUGACACAGCUCUGGAACCAUACUGAUGCUCCUAUAGCAGAUGAUGGAAGGUUAUUAUAACCUAGCUGGAGGUCACGCACGUCAUGGGAAGCACAGUUCACUCAGUCACAGAAAUACCUCUUUAUUUAGAUCACUCCUAUUAUGUCUGGGAUGGGCUGAAGUUUGGGGCUUCACUAUUUGCUGUUUCCAGAGUUUUAGACUUCAACAAUGGUCAAAAAAAGAUAGUGAUACCGGCAUUACAUUACAGACUCAAUAGUCCAUUGCUCACUGACCAGCCUCUCACUAAUAAAAAAAAAAGUUAAUUUAAUGUAGAUAAAACAGUUAUAUCAGAUGGCGUCACUGUGAUAUGUAAUUGUGUACAAAUAAAAGUGUUUAACAGUGCUAUGUUUACUAACCAUGAAACAAUAAAUAGUAUACAAGUACAGCAAACCAAGGUUAUCAAACUGACUUUUUUUAGUGACAAUUCAGAAAACUGAAAAUCUUUUCCUACCACAGACUGUUAACUUCGAACCCUUUAUCCUAAUGUAACAUAGAACUAGGCUUGCAAAAUUCCGGUAACUUUCCCCAAAAUCCCAGUUGGUAAAUUCCCAGAAACAGGAGGGCAUAACCAGGAAAUCCUGAAUCUUCCAACCAGGAUUUCUGAAAGACCUGGGAAUUUUGAGAAAUUUAGCGGAAUUUUGCAACCCUACAUGGAACCCUUUAUUGUGUGUACAAAGUGGAGUAAUACCUUAUAAUACUGUAUGUACUCACACCCAUAAUGCAUUUGGGGCUCCUUUUUUUAUAAUGUUGUGUAUAAUUUUGUGGCUUAAAACAGGAUUGCAGGAGAACGCUUUUGUACUGUAAGUAAUACAGAGAUUGUAGGUUAGGACUGUCGUCGUGUUUCUUGUGCUUAGUCGAUUGUGUCACCAGUAAAUGCAUAAAAUGUGGUGUUUUAUUAAACACGGCUAAUCCUCAAAUGUACUCGACAACAGGGAAGUGUUUCGGGUUUUCAGAUCAACAAUCGACACAUUUCUAUAUAAAAUGGUGUUGUACAAGGAAAAUGAAUCUUGUAAAUACAGUACAAUUUCAAUUGCAGACCCUGCAGCCAAUCUGAUGCUGUAUGAGAUAUACACUUACUUUGCAAUGGCAGAGCACUGUUGAUUAUUUCCUUCAACGUUAUUGGUAUGUUUUAACACUCUUUCUUGAUAGGGGAAAGGCUGGAAGAGAUAACACAUUUUUGUAUGGAGGUCAAAGCCGCAGAUUUGAGUGCAGACAACUUUUUACAUAAGGAAGCCAACCGCUGACUUAUUUGAUCAAUAUUCCACUAUCUUAGACUGUCAUUCAGGCUAGUUACAUUGGUUGCGUCCCAAAUGGCACCCUAUUUCCUAUGUAGUGCUCUACUUUCAAACAUAUCCCUCGGGGUUUGCAGAUCUAUGUGUUCUGGGCCUUGGUCAAAAGUAGUACACUCUCUAGGGAAUAGGGUGCCAUUUGAGACACACAUUUUGUUAAGUUUAUUCUGACCAUACUGAGAACAUUGCUCUGCCUGCAUUAUUCUUACUCUCUCAAUGUCAUAGAUUGCUGGUCCUUGCAGCAAGAUCUAGUCAGGAAACAUGUUUUGUACUGCCUAGGUAAGGUGGAUCACAGGUUGAGUGUGUGAGUACUAAAUAAUAAAUAUAAGGCAAAACUGCAAGUCUGCAUGUACAGUUGAAGUCGGAAGUUUACAUACACCUUAGCCAAAUACAUUUAAAAACUUAGUUUCACAAUUCCUGACAUUUAAUCCUAGUAAAAAUUCCCUGUCUUAGGUCAGUUAGGAUCACCACUUUAUUUUAAGAAUGUGAAAUUUCAGUAUAAUAGUAGAGAGAAUGAUUUAUUUCAGCUUUUAUUUCUUUCAUAACAUUCCCAGUGGGUCAGAAGUUUACAUACACUCAAUUAGUACUUGGUAGCUUUGCCUUUAAAUUGUUUUACUUGGGUCAAACGUUUCGGGUAGCCUUCCACAAGCUAACCACAAUAAGUUGGGUGAAUUUUGGCCCAUUCCUCCUGACAGAGCUGGUGUAACUGAGUCAGGUUUGUAGGCCUCCUUGCUCACACAUGCUUUUUCAGUUCUGCCCACAAGUUUUCUAUAAGAUUGAGGUCAGGGCUUUGUUAUGGCCAUACCAAUACCUUGACUUUGUUGUCCUUGAGCCAUUUUGCCACAACUUUGGAAGUAUGCUUGGGGUCAUUGUCCAUUUGGAAGACCCAUUUGCGACCAAGCUUCAACUUCCUGACUGAUGUCUUGAGAUGUUGCUUCAAUAUAUCCACAUAAUGUUCGUUCAUCAUGAUGCCCUCUAUUUUGUAAAGUGCACCAGUCCCUCCUGCAGCAAAGCACCCACACAACAUGAUGCUGCCACCCCCGUGCUUCACAGUUGGCAUGGUGUUCUUCGGCUUGCAAGCCUCUCCCUUUUUCCUCCAAACAGAACAACGGUCAUUAUGGCCAAACAGUUCUACUUUUCUUUCAUCAGACCAGAGGACAUUUCUCGAAAAAGUACAAUCUUCGUCCCCAUGUGCAGUUGCAAACCGAAGUCUGGCUUUUUUAUGGUGGUUUUGGAGUCGUGGCUUCUUCCUUGCCGAGCGGCCUUUCAGGUUAUGUCGAUAUAGGACUCGUUUUACUGUGGAUAUAGAUAAUUUUGUACCUGUUUCCUCCAGCAUCUUCACAAGGUCCUUUGCUGUUGUUCUGGGAUUGAUUAGCAAUUGAUUAGCACUUUUCACACCAAAGUACGUUCAUCUCUAGGAGACAGAACGCGUCCCCUUCCUGAGUGGUACGACGGCUGCGUGGUCCCAUGGUGUUUAUACUUUCGUACUAUUGUUUGUACAGAUGAACGUGGUACCUUCAGGCAUUUGGAAAUUGCUCCCAAGGAUGAACCAGACUUGUGGAGGUCCACAUUUUUUUUUCUGAGGUCUUGGCUGAUUUCUUUUGAUUUUCCCAUGAUGUCAAGCAAAGAGGCAGUGAAUUUGAAGGAAGGCCUUGAAAUCCAUCCACAGGUCCACCUCCAAUUGACUCAAAUGAUGUCAAUUAGCCUAUUAGAAGCCUCUAAAGCCAUGACAUGCUUUUCUGGAAUUUUCCAAGCUGUUUAAAGGCACAGUUAACUUAGUAUAUGUAAACUUCUGACCUACUGGAAUUAUGAUACAGUGAAUUAUAAGUGAAAUAAUCUGUCUAUAAACAAUUGUUGGAAAAAUGACUUGUGUCAUGCACAAAGUAGAUUUCCAAACCGACCUGACAAAACUAUAGUUUGUUAAUUAACAAGUGGAAGAAAAACAAGUUUUAAUGACUCCAACCUAAGUGUAUGUAAACUUCUGACUUCAACUGUAUAUUGACACUAUCACAAUGUUGCCUUGAUGUUGCAUAAUACAGUUACAAUGACUGCAAACCAAAUCUGUGUAUCAAAAGUGGAAAAAGGCUAACUCAAUAAAACAGCUUGUGAAAUUGUUGAAACAUAAUGUGUCUUUUUACAUAUGACAUAUAACAUGUACACACGGAAACCCAUGUGGUAGAAGAAUAUAAAGCCUAUAUUUACCAGUAUAUCCAACUUUCCAACCUAAUUUAUAUGCUAUUAUAAACUAGGUGGUUCAAGCCCUGAAUGCUAAUUGGCUGACAGCCGUGGUAUACCACGGGUAUGACAAAACAUUUAUUUUUACAGCUCUAAUUAUGUUGGUAACCCAUUUAUAAUAGCAAUAAGGCAUCUUGGGGGUUUGUGGUAUAUGACCAAUAUACCACAGCUAAGGGCUGUAUCCAGGCACUGUGCGUUGCGUCGUACCCAAGAACAGCCCUUAGCCAUGGUAUAUUGGCCAUAUACCACACCCCCUUGGGCCUUAUUCCUUAAAUAUAUAACUCCACUUUGUACAUUUACUAAACAGUGAAUACAAACAAUGAGUAGCCUACAUAGUGAAGGUGCCCCAUAGCUCAGUGGUGGAUCUCAACAACCUGAAGUCAUCCCAGAAUAACACUUAUGUCAGUAUUCAUCCCUGACCUUCGGACCAAGCCCAUUUAUUACAUCCUAAUAGACUGGGGUUAUUUUCCAUGGGCCAAAGAUACAGUGGUGUAGCCUAUUUAGCUAACUUCUGAUUUCAGUGGUAACGCAUUACAGACAUCGCUACAUUUAAC